UUUUCUUUCUCUCUCUUUUUUUCUUCUUUUUUAAUAUUUUAAUAAAUUAAUAUGGAUCAACAACAAAAGGGAUACGGCCAACAACCACCCAAUUAUUAUACACCACCUCCAGGUCAACCUCAAUAUCAACAAGGCUAUGGUCAACCCCAACAAUCUUAUCAACCUCAACCCCAAUACCAACAACCUUAUUACCAACCACAACCUGUCCCACAAACUGUCUAUGUUCAACAACAGCCUCAAAAGGAGGAUAGUUCCAUGUGUUUAGGAUGUUUGGCUGCCAUGUGUUUCUGUUGUGCCUUGGAUGCUAUCUUUUAAAUAAUCUUUUUUGUACAUCUUUUAAUAAUAACAAUAACAUUUAUAAAAAAAAAGCCUUUUUUUUUUUUUACGUGUGAGAAAUAAAAAAUAAUAAUAAUAAUCAUAAAAA